AUGCGGAAACCAGCAGGAGCUUGGAGCAAACCAUUCCAUCUCCGUACCCAUCUUUACCUCCUGGCCAUCAUUUUUGGCUUUUCUUUGACUGGGAUUUUCUUGUACUAUUUGAUGGAUAGUAUAAAUCAAAAUUCAGUUUACUAUGAUCCCCAGAGGGAUGUAUCAGUUUCAGGAGCUACUCAAAGUGUGACAAAUAGUGAAUCUCAUGUGGUUCAGUCGGCUAACUCCUAUGUGCCUUAUCCAACAUCGGUUCAACAGGACUACAAUGCUGUACAACAUCCAAACCAUUACUAUAACUAUCCACAAGCGGCAAAUGAUUCUUCUGUUCAACGAGGAGUUGAUCAAGGUCCAGGUGCCGCUUACCAGCCUCAUACUUCGUUUCCGAAUUCAGGAUCUUAUGUUGGUCCUACAAGUAACACAUAUUAUACUGCUGGCGCUCAUCAGACUGUGCCAGGAUAUGCAACAAGCAAUUAUUAUUAUCAUCAAAACAAUACCUGGGGUAAUGGAAGUUGUGUAAAUAAUCAUGCACAAUCAUAUCAGAGUUGCAUCCCAGAUAGUAAUGUAGCCCAGAGUUCCAGUUCACUACCCACAAGCUCUGUCCACUAUCAACAGCAGUACAGCCAAUGGGCUUAUUAUUAUGAUCAGUCUGCACAGACUUCAGGUGGCCUUGCAGUUACUGGCAGUGGUAGCACUGCUCCUGAUACAAAAACUGUUACCAUUGAUUCCAAUUAUGCACACACCAGCAACCAGCCACCUCCACCAGGCACUACCUCAUGGAAGAAUGAUGCUGGUAACACUACUACACCCCCCUCACAGGAACAAGGCAUUCAAGGAUAUCAAAACCAGUAUGCCUCCCAGGUCCCAGUUGCACCGAUGUUUCACACCCAUUAUGUUAACAACGCAGCAGGUAUCCCAACAUUUCAGAACCAGUGUGUCAGCUUAGCAUACCAGCAUAGUUCUGCAAAUCAUAAUCAGCUACCGCUAAGUAACCAAGUUGAUCAACAAAAGGUUUUGCCUUUACAUGGUUCAAGCUCAAAUGUUUCUUCAGUCAACCAUGUUUCUGAAAACCCUGAGACACCUUGGCAAGAUUCUCUGUCAUCGAAUGUCCACAUGUUAAACAAAAUACAGAUCUCAACAAAUCCUCGAAUAGCCCAAGAUUUUCCAAUAGGAACGCCUCAAGUGGAUAAGUCAAAGUUGGAAGCUGAUUCAUCCCUGAAACCUGCUUAUGUUUGUGUUUCCAUGCCCAAGAAUGAUGUGACGGUCUCACAAAAUGGUUCUGAAGCAGUAAUGCAGGUGACGGGAUCUUUCCCUGUUUCACUUCGUACUUAUGUUGAGCGGAAUCUUGCCCGUUGCAAGGAUGAUGCCCAGAGGACUGCCAGCCGAAGUAUCUUGAAGGAGAUAAUUACGAAGGCAACUGCUGAUGGGACCCUUCAUACGAAGAACUGGGACAUUGAACCACUAUUUACUUUGCCAGAAAAGGCUACAAGCAUGAAUAUGACUAGCAAUGGGAAGGAUUCAAGUCCCUUCUCAUCAUCGAGGAGUCCUAGUAGGCGAACAAAAAGUAGGUGGGAGCCUGUCGCAAAAAGUAGGUGGGAGCCUGUUGCAGAGGAAAAUGUUGCUAACAAUGUGGAACUUCCUAAUGAGUUGGCAAAAAUUAAUAUCUGCAGUAGUUUGGAACCCACUAAAAGAAUGAGUAACAGUUGGGAUCUGAGGAAGCAUGUCCAAUCCCGCCAAUCUCCUUUAAGCCAAUACAGUCAUAGGCCUACUAAAAUGCAGCGAACUGGUGGUGAUGCAAGUCUUACUGAAAAUGGAAAUGCCUCAAGUGACAGUGACAAGGAGCAGGGUCUAAUGAAAUACUACACUAGUUCAAUUGCACAAGCAAAUUCACCUGAGGAAAAGAAACGGCGGGAACAUAGAUCUAAGCGAUUUGAACAGAGUCAAGGCACACCAUCAAAAUCUAGAAGUUCUGUACCAGAUAAGGAUGCCACAGACAACAUAUAUACAAGUAGAGCUACGUCACUGCUUCUCAAUAGAAGUAAUGGGGACGGUGCUGGUUUGGCAGUGGAGGAUUAUGAUUGGGAUGCACUGACAAUCAAGGGAACAUGCCAGCAAAUUGAGAAACCAUACCUACGCCUUACAAGUGCGCCCGACCCUGCCACAGUACGACCAGAAGAUGUCCUAGAGAAGGCUCUUUGUAUGGUUGAAACAUCAGAAAAGAAUUAUCUUUACAAAUGUGAUCAACUGAAGUCUAUUCGGCAAGACCUUACUGUUCAGAGGAUUCAGAGCGAGCUGACUGUCAAGGUUUAUGAAACCCAUGCACGUUUAGCUAUCCAAUCUGGAGAUUUAGCUGAAUAUAAUCAGUGCCAAUCUCAGUUGAGGAGAUGCUAUGGAGAAGGAGUCAAGGGUUGCAACCUCGAAUUCUCUGCUUACAACUUGCUAUAUCUGGUGCACUCUAAUAACAAAAGAGAUUUGCUUUCAUCUAUGGCAAGCUUGCCAAAGGAAGCCAAGAAAGACACAGCUGUGAAGCAUGCCCUUGAAGUUCGUUAUGCCUUUUCGUCUGGCAACUAUGUCCUGUUUUUCAAAUUGUACAAGAUGGCACCCAACUUGAACUCAUGUCUUAUGGAUCUCUAUGUGGAGCGAAUGCGCUUUGUGGCUAUGAAAUGCAUGUCCAAGUCAUAUCGCCCAACUGUACCAGUUAGAUACGCAGCACGGGUUUUGGGAUUUGUGGGAAUUGAUGAAGUUUGUGAGGCUAAUGGAGCUGAUGGACUGGAAGAAUGCGAGGAAUGGUUAAAAGCACAUGGUGCUAUUCUUUCAGUAGAUAACAACGGAGAAUUACAGAUAGACACAAAGGUUUCUUCUACCUCUUUGUACUUGCCGGAAACUGAGAAUGCUGUUUCUCAUGGCGAUGCAUCUCUGGCUGUGGAUGACUUUUUGACACGUGCAUCAUCAUAA